AGGUAGGUAUCUCGGAAACUAGCCCAGGCAAGCUCCAAGGGAUCUUCGACCCUACAACUUCAACCACCAACCUCAUCACCAACCUUCGACUUCAGUCUUUUUCGCGUCCCUCCGUCUCGAAUGCCCCUCGAGCCUCGACGUAAUCCCGUCUCCGGUCCUUGCCCGCCUUGUGACUUUCUCCACCUCUGCGUGUAGCAAGUCGAAUCCGCUUUGUUCAGCUGUCGCUUCACGUUCCUGCAGAACACUCAGGUUCGCGAGUAGGUAGAAUCAUCUACCCAAUCCCCCCCCCGUCCUGCGGGGCCGAGUAUCUGGAGAUGGGUGUCUGUGGUUCUUCGUGCUGUGGAGGCAAAGCUCGCGAUGGCUUGUACGAACCUGUCUUGGCUGAGAGCGAGAGAGAAGCCGUGGCAGACCUUCUCCAGUAUCUCGAAAAUCGAGGCGAGACCGACUUCUUCUCUGGCGAACCCUUACGAGCCUUGAGUACUCUGGUGUUCUCUGAUAAUGUCGACCUUCAACGCAGCGCCAGCUUGACAUUCGCCGAGAUUACGGAACGAGAUGUCCGCGAAGUCGACCGUAAUACUCUCGAGCCCAUUCUAUUCCUUUUACAAAGCCCAGAUAUUGAAGUACAGCGGGCAGCCAGUGCCGCAUUGGGGAAUCUCGCAGUCAACACGGAAAACAAGGUACUUAUCGUACAGCUUGGUGGUCUCACACCCCUCAUCCGCCAAAUGAUGUCGCCAAAUGUCGAAGUACAGUGCAAUGCGGUUGGUUGCAUCACGAACCUGGCAACACACGAAGACAACAAAGCAAAAAUAGCUAGAUCAGGAGCUUUAGGGCCGUUGACUAGGUUAGCAAAGUCGAAGGACAUGCGAGUGCAAAGAAAUGCGACAGGUGCUUUGUUGAAUAUGACGCACUCUGAUGAGAACCGACAGCAACUGGUAAAUGCAGGCGCUAUACCGGUCCUCGUGCAACUCCUCUCGUCCUCUGAUGUGGACGUACAAUAUUACUGCACAACUGCCUUGAGCAACAUUGCUGUCGAUGCCAGCAAUCGAAAGAAACUUGCUCAAAAUGAAAAUAGACUCAUUCAAUCCUUGGUCAACCUUAUGGACUCGUCAUCACCAAAAGUCCAAUGCCAAGCAGCGUUGGCUUUACGAAAUCUUGCAUCAGACGAAAAGUACCAGCUGGAAAUAGUACGUGCAAAAGGCCUAGCUCCAUUACUACGACUAUUACAAUCCUCAUACCUGCCUCUCAUACUUUCCGCUGUCGCUUGUAUACGCAAUAUUUCAAUCCAUCCCCUGAACGAAUCUCCUAUCAUCGAAGCCGGCUUCCUGAAACCGUUGGUAGAUCUGUUAGGAUCUACAGACAACGAAGAGAUCCAAUGUCACGCUAUUUCUACUCUUCGGAAUCUGGCAGCAAGCUCUGAUCGAAACAAGGCCCUCGUUUUGGAGGCAGGUGCCGUCCAAAAAUGCAAACAAUUAGUCCUUGAUGUUCCGUUGAGCGUUCAAUCCGAGAUGACGGCCGCUAUUGCUGUACUAGCUUUGAGUGACGAGCUCAAGACUCAUCUGCUAAACCUUGGUGUAUUCGAUGUCCUUAUACCCUUAACAGACUCCCAAAGUAUCGAAGUACAGGGGAAUAGUGCUGCCGCUCUGGGUAAUCUCUCGUCAAAAGUUGGUGACUACUCGAUCUUUAUCCAAGACUGGACGGAGCCGAAUGGAGGUAUUCAUGGUUACUUGAAACGUUUCCUUGCAAGUGGAGAUGCUACAUUUCAGCACAUCGCUAUCUGGACCCUUCUUCAACUAUUGGAGUCUGAAGAUAAAAAGCUGAUCAACCUGAUCGGCAAAUCAGAGGAGAUAGUGCAGAUGAUUAAAACCAUUGCAGACAAGCAGAUCGAAUCCGACGACGAGGGAGAAGAAGAUGGUGAAGGAGAGGUGGUUCAACUUGCCCAACGGUCUCUUCAACUUCUUGGGCAGGGUGGGAAGCCCUCUCAUAUUGAAGGCUAGGCCAGAAUAGUCGAUUUAGAGUUUUGCUUUGUCUUGCAUCUGGUAUUGGGACGGCGAGGUGUUGGGCGU